AUAGGUAGCAUACGUGUGGCAACCCUAAAAUAUAUAAAUAGCUUGGAGUGCAAAAAAUAUGUUUUUAAAGAAAUAAAAUAGAUAAUUAUUAGCUAAAUCGUGUGGAAAAUAGUGCUCGCUAGCACAACAAACCCGCACAAUGUCAAAGUCAAGCGCAGCACGCUGGGUGAAGUUCUUCAAUGCGGCGGGGAUACCAUCUCCUGCGGCCGCGGGAUAUGCCCACGUCUUCGUGGAAAACCGCAUUCAGGACGACAUGCUGCUAGACCUCAACAAGGAGUACUUACGAGAAAUGGGCAUUACUUUGAUGGGUGACAUAAUUGCCAUCCUGCGGCACUCAAAGAGUGUCUGCGAACAAAAUGCCCGGGAUCAGGUCCUCACCACCGAGGUGGUACAACCCGUUGCCCGUCCGGCAUCGCCAAAAGUCAAAACACCGGUGGCUGCCAAGCCGAAGACUUCUCCGCCCGCCAAACCGGCGAGACGGGUGCUCCCAGAGCACGAGGGCAAGUACAAGGUAACACUGCCCUCGGGAACCACAGAGCGUAGCAAACAGAUCUUGGCCAAGCGAGAGAAGCUAUAUUCCGAUCGCGUGAGCAGCUCCAAGAAGCCGGAUAUCUUUUCACGCCUGCAAUCUGGCGAGGAUGGAGCCCAGGAGGGCAUUGUCUCCAGCUCCGGCGAGAGCAGUGUUCGCGUUCACGUCAGUGGAUUGUCAAAAACGGCGGACACCUCCAACAGCUCGGUAUUUGCACGACUUGGCGGCAAACAGACUCUUCUUUCGGGAGACGUAACUCUUACUAAGGAAAUAAAAUCGAUCCUAAAGAACACACAACGCACGGUUGGAGGGGGAGUUACCAAAAACUCGCCCAUAAUCAAGGCUAAAAAGGUGGCUUCGUCUGCUGUGCCGCAGCAGAAAGUUAUGCUUGUGCAUAAGGUACCUCUUAAAAGGGGCGACGACGAAGAGGAUAGCAUGGACGAUCUUGGAAGCGAUGAGGACGAUUACAUUUCCAGCGGUGAAGACUACGAUAUGGGAUCCACUGAGAAGAUUGUAAAGUUCGCAUCCACAGCAGAGGUUCGGGAGAUUGCACCCGAGUCAUCUUACAAAGCAAGGCACGGCAAAAACUUUGCCAACAAUAUUAAAUCGAGGCUGGGAAUUGUAUCCAAACUUCAUGCCACCAAAAAGACCUACAACCUAAAGGCAUCGCCUUCAAAGAAACCACAGACUCGCAUCAGUCCGGUGAAGGGCAAGACCAUACGCAUGCGCAGCGACGAGCUGAUGACUCGCCAGGACAUGCUACCCGUUCACAGAAGGUUAGGAAAUAACUCGUCAUCCGCCCCAAACAGGGCUCCGCCGGCACCACCGCAUCGCCAGCAGAGACCGGAACCACAGCAGCAGAAAAGAAGUAUGUCCCGCCAAGGCGGCACAACAGCAUGAAUGCAGGUCACAAGCCACGAGAUCAAUCUGGAUCUGUCUUCGACCGCCUGGGCUUCAACAACUCUAUGUAAAAAUAAGUAAUGUGUCUCAUAAAUUGUUUUAAGUUCAAUUGCGCCUAAAUAACUUUGCGAGUAAAUGUUCGAAUUGAUUCAGA